ACAGCAAAAGAAUAGCUGUCCACCAGAUACCAGAUCCUGACUCUUCUAAUAGCUAACACAAUGAUGGAUUUAGGGUUCUCUUCAGCUACAUACAUUGUGCUGGCUCUAUCCAUAUUAUAUGUUCUUCAUAUUCUGAAUAAGUGGAGCAAAGGCAAUAUUCAAAACUUUCCUCCAGGACCAUGGGCUUUACCACUCAUUGGAAAUUUACAUAUUAUGGAUUUAAAGGCACCACACUUAACUUAUCUGGAGCUUGCAAAGAAAUAUGGCCCAGUGUUUAGUGUUCAGUUGGGUACAAGCAAAAUAGUGGUAUUGGCUGGAUACGAAGUUGUGAAAGAUGCUCUUGUUAAUUACGCUGAAGAGUUUGGAGGAAGAGGGAAAAUUCAAAUAUUCCAAAAAAUGGACAGAGGUUUUGGACUUGUUCACUCACGUGGUGAAAACUGGAAGGUGAUGAGAAGAUUUACGUUGACAACGUUGCGUGAUUUUGGGAUGGGAAAAAGUUCUAUUGAAAAUAAAAUUAUUGAAGAAUGUUCCUACCUAAUCAAACAUUUUGAAACUUUAAAAGGAAAGCCAUUCGAUAAUAUUAUGAUGGUAAACACUGCAUUGGCUAAUAUCAUUGUUUCAGUAUUACUUGGACAUCGAAUGGACUAUGAAGACCUGCAAUUUAAGAGACUUAUAACGUUGAUGAAUGAAAAUUUUAGACUUUUCGGAACUCUGAUGGUUGGGAUAUAUAAUAUUUACCCGUUCUUGGGCUUUCUUCCUGGUUACCACAAAACUAUCAUGAAUAAUAUGGAUGAAAUGUGUGAAUUUGUUUCAAAAACAUUCAUAAAACAUCUGAAGAACUUAGAUGAGAAUGACCAGAGAAGUUUCAUUGACACAUUUCUAGUGAGGCAAAAAGAGGAGGCUGGGAACCCUCAUUCUUACUUCCAUAUUGAAAAUCUAACAAGACUGAUAAGAAAUUUAUUUUUUGCGGGAACGGAGACAACUUCAACUACUCUGCGCUGGGGUCUGCUGCUAAUGAUGAAAUACCCAGAGAUACAAGAAAAGGUGCAACAAGAGAUCUCUAAAGUUGUUGGGUUAGCACAACCUACGUACAGCCAUCGGGGACAGAUGCCAUAUACGAAUGCCGUCAUACAUGAGAUCCAGAGAUUUGCCGACAUUGUACCACUCAAUGUGCCUCACGAGACAACUAAAGAUGUCAAUUUUAGGGGAUAUUUUAUACCAAAGGAAACCUAUAUCAUCCCUCUAUUAUCCUCUGUAUUGCGGGACAAGACGCAGUUUGAAAAGCCUGAUGAGUUCUACCCAAAUCAUUUCCUAGAUUCCCAUGGAAAUUUUAUAAAGAAAGAUGCCUUCAUGCCAUUCUCUGCAGGACGUAGAGCCUGUGCUGGAGAAAAUUUGGCUAGAAUGGAGCUUUUCAUUUUCUUUGCCAGCUUGCUGCAGAAGUUCACAUUUCGUUUUCCUCCUGGAGUCAGCAAUUCAGAUCUAAUGCCUGAUAUUGGAUUUACCAAUAUGCCAAAACAACACAACAUCUGUGCUAUUCCCCGGUAUUAGAAUAAAUGUGCAAAGCUUUAGACGGGGUUCUCAUUUAUGAAAAUUAAAUGCAGGUUUCCCUGCAUCCAAUUCGCAUUACAGGAGAGUGUGCCUGGCUCUUAAUGGAGCUGGUUCACACAGCUUUGGGGCGGCCACGGAGCGCACAGCAGAGGGGUCCUGUGCAUCUUUGGCUCUGUUUCAGUUCAAAAAUUCUGACCUAAUUCAGACCCGAACAGUGAACAGGGAUGCACUGGACCCCCUGCUGUGCCCUGUGGCCUAUUUGGUUUUAAUAUAAUGAAAAUUUACCGGUGGUGCUGGACCACAAAAAGUGGAUGGUCAAAACUUGUGAGUGCCCAAGAGCAGAGUUUGGAAUUAUGGUCGGGAGAUCCCACUAAUAAAAUAAUCAAGGCGUGUAAAGUGACAGUUACAAUAUCUAGAGAAAUACCAGUUCAAAGAAAUGUGCAGAAGUCUAUAUCAACAACCUCUAUUCUUUAAGGCCGAGUUCACACUAUAUAUGUUACUGUUUUACAUUUUAUGCGCAUAGAUUAUCUGUAUGAGUAUAAGGUUUUCCAUGCUGGGAGUGCAACAUACCCUCCGAUUGAGUUCUAGAUUUUAGAUGCAUCAUCUGAACAUGAUACAUUUUUGUAAUUAAACAUUUUAAUCAUGUUUAAAUCAAUAAAAUAGUUAGAUUUUAUAUAAUUUUGUGCGGGUGCCUUAAAAGUCCACUGUGUCUGUUUUUUGUUUAUUUCCAGUGUUCCAACUGACCACCAUAGUAGCAGUACACUUUUUAGGUAGCUGCUGCCUGACCUUGGCAUAAACAUUAGACAUGUGCACACUGAAAUAUUUUGUUUUGGAAUUUCGUUUUUCGUCCGAAAAAUAAAUGUAUUUAGUU